AUGUCACGUAAUCAAAAAGAUUCUGGUAAUCAUAGACAAAUUAUUUUUCACAAUGAUGUUCUGGUAUCAAAGUUGGACCACUCUUUACUUCGUAACCCCCCUUACAAAUUAACUUUAACAAUUGAAGAACUUACUAAACCUUCUCACCGUGAAGAAGAUUCUGACAAUAAGGUUCCAAGACCACCUAACGGAUUCAUUUUAUAUCGUAAAAAUUUUGGAGCCAAAGUAAAGUUGACGCAACCUAAAUUAAGGGUCCAAGAUAUUUCCAAGAUGUCAUCUAAAGAAUGGCAAAAAGAGGAUCCUUUGGUUAAGUCAUUUUUUAAAAUUUUAGCGGAAAUACAAGGUGAAAACCAUAAUAAAGAGUAUCCUGAUUAUAAAUAUAAUCCUAAAAAGAAUAUAGAAAAUAGGAAAAGUCGUAUAAACAAGCGUACUCGACCAAAGUCAAAAAAAUUAAAUAUUAAAAAUAUUAAAAAAAAAUAUAAUAAUAAUAAUAAAGAAACUGAAAAUUCUAAUUCGGUUGAAAAUAAUAAUGCUAACAAUGGUAACGUUGGCAAUAUUAGUAACAAUAUUAUUGAAAAUAAUAUUAACAAUAAUAUUGACACUUUGAAUGCUAUUUCUGCAUUGUCUGGCGCUUCAUUUGAGGAAUUAACUUCGACUGAAAGAGACCCCAAUCUACCUAAAUUCUUUUUGGUCAGAAGAGGUUCUUUCUUAAGUGGAAAUAUCCAAAAAUUUCGUGAUCCUUCUAAAAAUAUUAGACUCCCUAGCACCCACCCACAACCUAACCCUAAUUAUUCUACACCACCACCUGAAUUAUUACAAAAUUUUAUUUCUCAAUCGCCACGAAAUGCCAUUGAAUCACAAUCGCAAUAG